CUUAUCGACGGUGUUUCGUCGUGUACCAUACAUAGUGGAUCAGUGGAGCGGGCUGUUAGCAACUUUAUGUAAAAGCGGAAAACUUCAGCCUGGGUUUCAUAAUUUUUUUGCGUCUAAAAGCAACUCGUCAUGUCGGAUACUUGGAGCAACAUCCAGGCGCACAAGAAGCAACUGGACUCUCUGCGGGAGAGGCUGCAGCGACGCAGGAAAGACCCAACACAGCUUUCCGCGGACGUUGGUGGCAGCACAGACAGCUCCACGGCCCGGAGUGACAGUCCAGCUCCAUCAGCUCAUCUGACCUCUCAGGAGGAAACAGAAAAACCACCGGACCCUGAACUAGAAAAAAAGUUGCUGGGCUAUUUGUCUGAUCUGAGUCUCUCACUACCUAUUGAUUCUCUUGCCAUCACAAAUGAGCUUAACAGCUCUGAAUCUGUCGUGACGCAUGGAUGCAUCCAGAGUCUGCUCCUCAAAUUCUCUGCUCAGGAGCUCAUCGAGGUCCGGCAGCCCAACUCAACCUCUACAAGUUCUACCUCCACCUCUACAGUUGUUGUAGCAGUGGACCAUACAAAACUAUGGGCUAUGAUUGGAUCUGGAGCAGGAGCUCAAAGGACUGGAGUCAAGAGGAAAGCAGAAGACCCAACACACAGCAAAAGAGCUGCAGGCUUCGCUGCCUCACUGCAGAGCUCUGCUUCUCCUCCACACUCGUCCACCAGCUCUCUGACACCAGCUUCCUCCUCACAGCUAGCAGGUCCAUCAGGCUCAGGAAGUGGUGCUGACAAAAAAGGAAGGAGCAGUAAAAGCCAGUCGUCCCAUUUGGACAUGGAGAUUGAGAGUCUCCUCAACCAACAGUCCACAAAGGAGCAGCAGAGCAAAAAGGUGAGCAGAGAGAUUCUGGAGCUGCUGAACACCAGCACUGCCAAGGAGCAGUCUAUUGUGGAAAAGUUCCGUUCCCGUGGCCGUGCUCAGGUCCAAGAGUUCUGUGACCAUGGGACCAAGGAGGAGUGUGUUCGCUCUGGAGACACACCUCAGCCAUGCAACAAACUACAUUUCCGUCGCAUCAUCAACAAACACACAGAUGAGAGCCUUGGUGACUGCUCCUUCCUCAACACCUGUUUCCACAUGGACACCUGCAAAUACGUCCACUAUGAGAUCGACAGCCCACCAGAAGCAGAGGGGAGUCUGCUGGGCCCCCAGGCCGGGACCACAGAACUCGGCCUCCAUGAAGGAGACAAGGACAGCAAUGUCGGCAAACUUUUUCCCUCACAGUGGAUCUGCUGUGAUAUCCGCUACUUGGAUGUUUCCAUUCUGGGUAAGUUUGCCGUUGUCAUGGCCGAUCCUCCGUGGGACAUCCACAUGGAGCUGCCCUAUGGUACGUUGACUGAUGAUGAGAUGAGGAAACUCAACAUUCCCAUGCUGCAGGACGAUGGCUUCCUCUUUCUCUGGGUCACUGGCAGGGCUAUGGAGUUGGGCAGAGAGUGUCUCAGUCUUUGGGGUUAUGAGCGUGUUGAUGAAAUCAUAUGGGUGAAAACCAACCAGCUUCAGAGAAUCAUCCGCACUGGUCGAACAGGUCAUUGGCUGAACCAUGGGAAAGAGCAUUGUCUGGUGGGUGUGAAGGGAAACCCUCAGGGCUUCAACAGAGGCUUGGACUGUGAUGUUAUAGUAGCUGAGGUUCGAUCCACCAGUCACAAGCCAGAUGAGAUCUAUGGUAUGAUAGAGAGGCUCUCGCCUGGCACCAGGAAGAUUGAGCUGUUCGGUCGGCCCCACAAUGUCCAGCCUAACUGGAUUACUCUGGGAAAUCAGCUCGAUGGCAUUCAUCUCUUGGAUCCUGAGGUCGUGGCACAGUUUAAGAUGCGAUACCCAGACGGUGUCAUCUCCAAACCCAAAACCAUGCAGUGAUGUCAUCAUUAGUCGACACAGGUCUGGAGACAUUUGUAAAUAGACUGUUUUUUGUUUAUUUUUAUACAAGUGAACAGAGUUUUUAAAUAAACAUCAUUGAUAAGA